AUGAAAAGGAGUCUAGCUGACACUUCAACUCGCAGACCAGCAGGUUGUCUGCCUGUACCUCUGUUCAAUCAGAAAAAAAGAAAUAGACAGCCCCUCACUUCAAAUCCACUUAAAAAUGAGCCAGGUACCAGCUCUGGGACUCGUACUUAUGACUUUUCUCCAACAUCAUUCGGCUGGGGAACUGCAAACCCAGAAGUGGCUGAACUACAGAAAGCAGCGAACAACGGUACUAAAGUUUGGAACAGAAAUGAGUAUACUCCUUUAAGUAACACAACAGAUUCAAGAUCUGACAGUGGAAUUAUUCGAAAGUUUGAGAGCCUUUCAAAUAGCUUGAAAACUGUUCAGCAACAAAAAACCCCUGAUAACCGUAAUUCAUCGCAGCAUAUCAAAACAACAGAAACCAGCCAAACAUAUACAUCUAAAGGACAAUGGCCAGUGAAACCUAACACUCUUCGAGUGAAACCUAACACUCUUUCAAGAAGUCUGCAGGAUCAUGGUCUGGCAUACAAGUUUAACCACAAUAUUCAGCAAAAUAACAUGAAUGAAAAACAAUCUGAUUGUGUUCCAGAAGGCAAAAGUCAGGAAGUUUCAUCAUCUCAAUUAAAAAUUAAAGAAAAGAAUUCUUUGCGAAUCAUAUCUGCAGUCAUUGAAAGUAUGAGGCACUGGAGUCAAUAUGCUUAUAAAACUCCACUAUUAUUUGAAGUUUUAGGCACGCUUGAUUCUGCGGUCACACCUGGAGCAUAUGGGGCAAAGAAUUUUCUUUUGAGAGAUGGAAAGGAGAGUCUGCCUUGUGUAUUUUACGAAAUUGACCGGGAGCUUCCAAGACUAAUUAGAGGUCGAGUGCACAGGUGCAUGGGAAACUAUGACGCAAAAAGGAAUGUUUUCAAGUGCGUCUCUGUAAGACCAGCAACUAUUCAAGAACAAAACACUUUCCAAGAAUUUGUUAAAAUUGCAGAUGCUGAGAUGACAGCAUAUGUAAAAACAAUGAAUGAAAUUUAA